UUUUUUAACCAUUUCUCUCUUCGAUUUGCUCACUCACACACAGUCUCUUUCUCCUUUGCUUGCUACUUCUGCAUUUCACGGCAGGAAAAAAACCUCAAUACAUUUUCAAAUUUCUCCCCCUAAUUUCCCCAAAUUUCUUCGAUUUCUCUUCAGUUUCUAGGGUUUCUUCCGUAGUCCUCUCUCGCAGAAAAAAAUGGCCGGCAGAGCUGUAGUAUCAGACGAAGAAGAGGAGCUCGAGGUUCAGGAUGACGAGAGAGAACAAGAGGAAGAAGGCGAGGAGCUCGAUGAUGGCGGGGGUGGAGGCGGUGUCGAUGACGAUGAAGACGAAGACGACGAGGAAGGACAAGAUGAGUUUGAGGAUGAUGGUUUUAUUGUCGAGGGUGACGAAGACGAAGAAGAACCUGAGGAGGAGGACGAUGAGGAGAGGCAUAAAAAGAAGAAGAGAAAGAAGAGGGAGUCCUUUGAACUUGAUGACGAUGACUAUGAGCUUCUCUUGGACAACAAUGUUAAAGUUGCCCGCAAGGCUGAUAGCAAAAAGUUUAAGAGGUUGAAGAAGGCUCGUCGAGAUACUGAUGCUGGGCACUCUGGGCUUUUUGACGAUGAUGAGUUCCUUGGAUCUGGAAAAGGUGCAAGGACAGCUCAGGAACAAGCCAAACACACUUUAUUUGGCGACGAUGAUGGAGGACCGGUUGAGGAUAUGCCAGAAGAAGAUGAGCAGCCAGAAGCUGAUGAUGUAGACUUGGCAGAUGAGGAUGACAUGGCCGAUUUUAUUGUGUCCGAAGAAGAUGAAAUGGAUGCUGAUGGGAUGCCUGUCAGACGGAUGGACAAAAAGAAAAAGAAGCAUAGGCAAGCAGCUGGAGUUCUACCAUCCUCACUGCAGGAUGCCCAAGAUAUCUUUGGAGAUGUUGAAGAACUUCUGGAUAUGCGUCGUAGAGCUAAUCUUGAAAAAGACCGGUAUGAUGAAAAUGGCCUAAGAAAGGAGAGAAACAUUGGUGAAGAAUUUGAACCUACCAUUCUUGCUGAGAGGUAUAUGACUGAGAAGGAUGACCGUAUCCGGGAUAUCGACAUACCAGAAAGAAUGCAGAUAUCCGAGGAGAGCACAGGUCCACCGUCUACUGAUGCUGAAGCCAUUGUGGACGAGGCCAAGUGGAUAAAAAAACAUCUAGACUCUGGUCAAGUUCCCGGGCUUGUGAACAUAGCAUCUGGAGAAGAAAUGGAGUAUCAUAUUAGAAAUUUUCUGAACUUCACACACGUUCAGAAACUUGAUCUCCCUUAUAUUGCUAUGUACCGCAAAGAGGACAUAUUCAGUUUGUUGAAGGAUCCAGAGACGGGUGAAGAUGCCAGUCAUGAUAAGCCUGCUUUAAAAUGGCACAAGGUGCUUUGGGCUGUCCAGGACUUGGAUAAAAAAUGGUUGCUUCUUCAAAAGAGGAAGAGUGCUCUUGAUGGAUACUACAAUAAAAGGUUCGAGGAAGAAUCCCGCAGGAUAUAUGAUGAGACGAGGCUACGUUUGAAUCAACAACUUUUUGAAUCAAUUAUUGGGGCUCUGAGAGAUUCAGAAUCUGAAAGGGAAGUGGAUGAUGUUGACGCAAAAUUUAACUUGCAUUUCCCUCCUGGUGAGGCUGGGGUAGAUGAGGGUCAAUAUAAAAGACCGAAGCGGAAAUCAUAUUAUAGCUUGUGCAACAAAGCUGGUUUGUGGGAGGUUGCCAGCAAAUUCGGUCAUAGUUCUGAGCAGUUUGGUGCAGCGAUCUCUUUGGCUGUUAGGGUGGAUGAACCUGAGGACCCAACAGAGACACCGGAGGAAGUUGCCUCAAAUUUUACCUGUGCAAUGUUUGAUUCGCCUCAAGCUGUACUCAAAGGUGCUAGACACAUGGCAGCAGUUGAGAUAAGUUGUGAGCCGUAUGUGAAAAAGCAUUUUCGUAAUAAUUAUUUUGACAAUGUGGUGGUGUCAACAUGUCCUACACCUGAUGGAAAUGUUGUCAUAGACGCUUUCCAUCAGUUUGCAGGCGUUAAAUGGCUACGCAACAAGCCAUUGAACAAAUUUGAAGAUGCACAGUGGCUUCUUAUUAAAAAGGCUGAAGAGGAGAAGCUCCUCCAGGUCACAAUUAAAUGGCCAGAGGAACAUCUUAAGAAGCUGAUAGGUGAUUUGGAGCUUCUGUAUACUAGCUUGGCUGUGAGCAAGCUAGCAAAGCCUUGGAAUGAACAGAGAAGGCUGAUAUUACAGGAUGCUAUUUACAAUUUCAUACUGCCAGCACUGGAGAAGGAAGCUAGAUUGUUGUUGACUAGCAGGGCUAAGAAUUGGUUGCUUAUGGAUUAUGGAAAAUGUCUUUGGGAUAAAGUUUCGGUGGCUCCAUACCAGCGUAAGGAAAGUGAUCUUAGCUCAGAUGAGGAGGCAGCUCCAAGGGUCAUGGCCUGCUGUUGGGGUUAUGGAAAGCCACCGACCACUUUCGUUAUGUUAGAUUCCUUUGGGGAAGUUGUUGAUGUCCUAGUGGCUGGGUCAAUCAGCUUGAGGUCUCAAAAUGUUACUGACCAGCAGCGUAAAAAGCACGAUCAGCAGAAUCUUUUGAAGUUCAUGACUGAGCAUCAACCGCAGGUUGUAGUUCUGGGGGCUGUGAGCUUGUCUUGCACCCGGCUGAAGGAUGAUAUAUACGAGAUUGUGUUCAAAAUGGUUGAGGAAAAUCCUAGAGAUGUGGGUCAUGAGAUGGAUGGGCUGAGUGUUUUCUACGGGGAUGAAUCUUUGCCUCGUCUGUAUGAAAAUUCUCGUAUAUCAUCGGAUCAGAUUCCUGGACAUAAAGGUGUUGUGAGACGGGGUGUUGCCCUUGGACGGUACCUACAAAAUCCAUUAGCCAUGGUUGCUAAUCUUUGUGGACCAGGCAGGGAAAUUUUGUCUUGGAAAAUCAGUUCUUCAGAGAGCUUUCUUGAGGAUGAUGAGAAGUAUGGGAUGGUUGAACAGAUUAUGGUUGAUGUCACUAACCAGGUUGGGAUUGAUCUCAAUCUAUCUGCACACCAUGAUUGGUUAUUUGCUCCAUUACAGUUUAUUUCUGGUCUUGGGCCAAGGAAAGCAGCGACCUUACAAAAGUCACUUGUGAGAGCUGGGGCAAUAGUCACAAGAAAAGAUUUGUUGACUGCACAUGGACUUGGGAGAAAGGUAUUUAUUAGUGCUGCUGGUUUUCUGCGUAUUAGGCGUAGUGGUUUAGCUGUUAGUACCAGCCAGUUCGUUGACGUCUUGGAUGAUACUAGAAUACAUCCGGAGUCCUAUGCUCUAGCACAGGAAAUGGCAAAAGAUAUUUAUAGAGAAAUUGUAGGGGACGAUAAUUUGGAUGAUGAUGAUGCGAUUGAUAUGGCAAUUGAAAACCUUAGAGACAGACCAAGUGCAUUAAAAUCUUUUAAUGUUGAUGCAUAUGCAAAGGAUACAGAUCGAUUAUCUAAGGUAGAGACCUUGUAUGCCAUAAAACUGGAGUUAAUUCAGGGCUUUCAAGAUUGGCGUAAAGCAUAUGAAGAACCCAAUCAAGAUGAAGAGUUUAAUAUGAUUUCUGGGGAGACUGAUGCCACCCUGGGUGAAGGACGAAUUGUUCAAGCUACAGUUCGUAGGGUGCAACCUCAAAGAGCAAUAUGUGGCUUGGAAUCGGGAUUAACUGGUAUGCUUUCCAGAGAAGAUUUUUCAGAUGACUGGAGGGAUUCUGAUUUGACCGAGAAGUUACAUGAAGGUGAAAUUCUUACAUGUAAGAUCAAAUCUAUCCUGAAAAACAGAUACCAAGUGAUCCUGACUUGUAGAGAGAAUGAUAUGAGGGAUAUUGGCCAGAGUGUAGAGAGCGUGGACCCUUACUAUCACGAAGACCGCAUCAGCUUACCGAGCGGGCAAGACAAGGCUCGCAGGGACAAGGAGCUUGCGAAAAAACGUUUCAAGUCAAGGAUGAUUGUUCAUCCUCGUUUCCAGAAUAUAACAGCUGAUGAUGCGAUGGAACUGUUAGCAGACAAAGAUCCUGGUGAAAGUGUAAUACGUCCAAGUUCCCGGGGUCCGUCUUAUUUGACCUUGACUCUAAAGGUUUAUGACGGUGUUUUUGCUCACAAGGAUAUAAUUGAAGGCGGAAAGGACCACAAAGACAUUACAAGCUUGCUUCGUAUUGGAAAAACGCUAAAAAUUGGAGAGGAUACUUUUGAGGACCUUGAUGAGGUCAUGGACCGUUAUGUUGAUCCAUUGGUCACUCAUCUUAAGGCUAUGCUGAACUACCGUAAGUUCCGAAAGGGGACAAAAGCAGAAGUUGACGAACUCCUUCGAGCUGAGAAAUUGGACCACCAGUCGAGAAUAGUUUACAGUUUUGGCAUUUCACAUGAGCACCCUGGCACCUUUAUCCUCACGUACAUUCGUAGUUCAAAUCCCCAUCACGAGUAUAUUGGUCUAUAUCCGAAGGGGUUCAAAUUCCGAAAGAGGAUGUUUGAUAACAUUGACAGGCUUGUAGCUUAUUUCCAGAAGCACAUUGACGAUCCCAUUCACGAGUCCGGUCCAUCGAUUAGAUCAGUCGCUGCUAUGGUGCCAAUGCGUAGUCCAGCAAAUGGUGGUUCUUCUGGAGGUGGAUGGGGUGGUUCGGGCAGCAAUGAUGGUGGGUGGCGAGGGUCUUCUGACAGAGAUCAUUCCAGGGCAGGACGGAAUGAUAGAAAUGGUGGCCGUGAUGGGCAUCCCAGUGGAGCACCAAGGCCAUAUGAAGGAGGGGGCCGUGGACGUGGGCGAGGUCGUGGUGGUCGGGGCUCAUACCAUGGCAACAGAGACAGUGGCAGCAGGGACGGCGGUGAUUCCAGCUAUGGUUCGAAGUGGAGCUCCGAUAACAAAGACAGUGGGCAUGGUUCCAAGUGGGGGUCCGAGUCUUCUGACAAUAAUAAAGAAGGGAACACCGGUAGCUGGGGAAGCUUUCCCGGUGCGAAAGUUCAAAAUGCUCCUGGUGAGGAAGCAUUUCCAGGUGGCUGGGGUUCUACUGGUGGUGCUGGUAGUAGUGGUGGGGGUUGGGGUGACGAUGCCAGUGGUGGUGGAGGCGGAGGUGGAAGCAGUGGCUGGGGUGGAACUGGUGGUGAUGCUGGCAAUGAUUCUAAGAACAACUCCAAGGGAUGGUCUGACGGUGGGGGAGGCGGUGGCAGUGGAGGUGGCUGGUAGGUAAUUAGUCUCCCUAAUGAUGAAAAUAUUUUUAGCUUUUGGAUGACAAAAAGUAUGUACCGAUCAAUGAUGAAAAUAUUUUUAGCUUUUGGAUGACAAAAAAUAUGUACCGAUCAGGACUCGUUGGUGUAAUGUUUUGGUAUUAACUUUGUCGAUGACCCUUUACAACAUGAAUAUAAGCAAUUAGUGCAAGUAUAAGCAAUUAGUUCAAGUAAAAAAUACAGUCCACUUCCUCGUCUGCUCUGGUUCUUCAUAUCACCAAUGAUUUGUGUCAUGUCUGUAUAUAAUUAGGUGGUGAAUGGUUUUGUUCUGAAUAUGUUUAGUCAUAGAAAAGCUACAGGAGUCCAUAAAAGCUGGAGCUAAAGAAGUUUCAGUUUUGACUUCAGAUAUUUGGCUCUUGUCUGUUUUUGAUCGAGUCUUUUGAGUAAUUUCUUAUUCACAUUUGUGGUUGGUUGUGUUGUGGUUGCACCAUCAAACACCAACUUUGAGCCUUUGUUAAUUAAUUUGUUGCAAUGGUGUCGGAAUUUGUUAGCUUCAUCUGAUAUACUCUGUUGUAAUGUUAACCAGUGUAAUUUGAUAAAUUUGUUAAAUGUAAAAUGUAUGCUUAGGUUCUGUUCUGUUCUACUUAUUUUGACUUAUUUCAGAUAAAAUGAAUUCAGAUAAGUUUCGUUAAGUUCAGAUAAUAUAAGUUCAGCAAAAAAGUUUCUUUCA